AGGAAGCCCUUCCACUACAGCAGCGACUGAUCAGGAGCUCGAGCCGUUUAGAGCCAGUGAGCCUCACACCCACGCGAACCGUUCACGAGCCGGCUAGGUAUUUACGCAGGAAAUAUGGCCUGGACCAAGUACCAAUUCAUGCUCGCGGGGAUGAUGCUCGUCACGGGCUCGAUCAACACGUUAUCCGCCAAGUGGGCGGACUACUUCUCAGCACCGGGGUGUAAGGACACAAGCGAACACCAGUUCACACACCCCUUUGUCCAGGCGGUGGGGAUGUUUUUGGGGGAGCUCAGCUGCCUGGCGGUGUUCUACAUCGCCCUGUGCCAGGACCGGCGCCGACCCGAACCCAGAAUGAACCCGGGGCAGUCCUUCAACCCCCUCCUCUUCCUCCCCCCUGCCCUGUGUGACAUGACCGGCACCUCCAUCAUGUAUGUGGCCCUGAACAUGACGAGCGCUUCCAGCUUCCAGAUGCUGCGGGGGGCGGUGAUCAUCUUCACCGGGCUGCUGUCCGUGGCCUUCCUGGGGCGCCGCCUGGCGCCCAGCCAGUGGCUCGGCAUCCUGACCACCAUCCUGGGCCUGGUGGUGGUGGGGCUGGCUGACUUCACCAACGGGACACACAGCGAGUACAACCUCAGCCAGGUCAUCACAGGUGACCUGCUGAUCAUCAUGGCGCAGGUGAUCGUGGCGGUGCAGAUGGUGCUGGAGGAGAAGUUCAUCUACAAGCACGACGUUCACCCGCUAAAGGCCGUGGGCACUGAAGGUCUGUUUGGGUUUCUGAUCCUCUCCUUCCUGCUCAUCCCCAUGUACUUCAUCCCGGUGGGCAGCCUGGGGCAGAACCCCAGGCAGGUCCUGGAGGACGCGCUGGACGCGUUCUGCCAGAUCGGCCACCAGCCGCUGAUCGUGCUGGCCCUGCUGGGCAACACGGUGAGCAUCGCCUUCUUCAACUUCGCCGGGCUGAGCGUGACCAAGGAGAUGAGCGCGACCACGCGCAUGGUGCUGGACAGCCUGCGCACGGUGCUGAUCUGGGCCGUCAGCCUGGCGCUGGGCUGGGAGCGCUUCCACGGCCUGCAGGUGCUGGGCUUCCUCAUCCUGCUGUCGGGAACCGCGCUCUACAACGGCCUCCACCGCCCCCUGCUGGCCAGGAUGCCCUGCUGCGCCGCCUGGCUGGAGCAGGGCGACGCCCAGGAGGGAGAGGGGCUGCUGUCGGGGGCGGAGGGGUCCGUCAACCAGCAGAGCUAG